AUGGCCACCGAACUCGAUGUUCGUGCCAUUUCGGCCUUCUCAUCCCUUCCCGAAACUUCAAUUACGUCGCUGCUCGACGCACCCACCGCUGAGCUUGUCGGCUCACUUCUUCACGGUAUUGGGUCCAAAGUGAAAGAGUAUGAACAAAACAAGUCACAGAAGGUCAAAUUAGAGGUGGAACUUGAGACGGUCGUCCGAACGAAUGAAUCUAAAACCAAAGUUCUUCAGAAUUCGCGAGAUAAGGCGCUUGCAGAGUCAAGUAAAUUACGCGUUGACUUGCAGACUUCGGAGAAUACACGAUCAAGAUUAGAAUCUGAAUUAGAGCACUUGCGCUCCAUGACCGCCAACGAAAAUUCGGAAACAAAUUCUCUCAGAUCCCGCAUUACUUCUCUCGAGGCUUCCAAUCGCGAUACCUUGGCUCUCCUUGAAUCAAAGACAACAGCAUAUGAAAAUCUAUCUCAAGAACUCUCGGGACAGCAUCAAAAGGCUUCGGAAUUACGAAAACAGAUUACGGCGCUGGAGCAGUCUGUUCAAUCUGCCAAUGCCACCGUUGCCACGGCGAAAUUCAAAGAGCAAAGCCUUUUGCAAGAGGUGGAGAUGUUGAAGAAGAACAAUGAGUGGCUCGAGAAUGAGAGGAAGAUCAAAGCAGAUGAGCACACGAACUUCCGCAAGGAGAAGAACGCCCGAAUUUCAGAGCUGUCUCGGUCAAACGAGCAAUACAUCUCUGAAGCCGAGACUCUGAGAAGGUCAGAAAACUCUCUUAAACUGCGCCUGGAAGAGUUGAAUGUCAAAUUCGAAGAGAAACUGGAGGAGGUACAGAAGAUGCGAGAGGACAAGAUUUCUGCCGAGGACGCAUCUAGAAUCGAACUUGAAAGUGUCACCCGACUUGCCGACUUGCAGGCAACCUCUGCGGAAACUGCUAAACAGCGUGUCCAAGAACUCUCCACCGCUCUGGAGGAAGCUCGAGAAGAAGCUGCAGAAGAAAUCGGUGCCAUCCGAGCAGAAAUCGAAACCGAGCAUAACGAUCGAAUUGCUGCGGAAGAACGCGUUGCUGAACUGGAAAAGGCUCUGGAGCAAACAACGAAUGAACUGGAACAAGCGCGGGCAAGACCGAGUACUCCUCAAAGGCCGACCAACGGCUCUGGAAUCAGCACACCUCUUCGACCUGGAACUCCUAGUGGAAUCUUCUCUCCAUCCAGUGUAUCGCGACCCAAGUCUCACAUGACAAUGACUCAACUCUUCACAGACUACAAGAAGUUAGAAAGUCAACUGGCUAGCGAGAAACGUGCAAAUGAACAACUGCGCGAGAAUCUCGAUGCCAUGGUCGAAGAGCUCGAGAACGAUAAGCCGGAAAUUGAGGAAUUGCGCAUGGACCACGAUCGGUUGCAGAGUGAAGUCGUCGAAAUGUCUUCAAUUGUCGACAAAGCCAACGCCGAUCGAGAGGCUGCCGUCAAGGAACUGAGGACUCUGCAGGGACAACUUGACAGUAAAUCGAAAGCAGUCGAGGUCCUGGAACAACAGCUUCGAGAUGUGGGCUCUCAACUCCGAUUUGUCCUCAUCGAAUUACAUGUUCGUGAACAAGGCGGCCGUAUGACACGGGAGGAAUUCGACGAGCUUGAGAGGCAAGCAAGUGAAGCGAUGGCCCAAGAUAUGGCAAGUCUCUCCGAGACCCAGAGAGUCAUUAAUGAGCGUUUGAUCGUUUACAAGAGCAUCGCGGAAAUGCAACAACAAAAUCAAAAUCAGCUGGUAACGAUACGCAACUUGACCAGAGAACUUGAAAGCAACCUGGCCAAUGAAAAAGAUCAGCAGAAUCAUGCGCUCAAGGAAGAACUUGAACAGGCUCGUGCGCAGAUAUCUGCAUAUCAGGACGAGUUGAGAACCAUGGUAGCUCAAACCAAGAGUUUCGUCAAAGAGAGGGAUAUGUUUCGAAAUAUGCUCACUAGACGAGGUCACUUGCCUGGUCAAGUUCAGCCAAAUGACUUCUCACGAUCAUUACCCGUACCCGGAGGCGAAUCUCCUGCUGGAUCUGUUACUGGCGGCGAAUCUGAUUAUGCCAAAUUACUCAAGGAUUUACAACAUCACUUCGAUACAUAUCGACAGGAAGCUUCAACUGAUCGUACCGCACUGAAGAGUCAGGUCGAUGAAUUGAGUAGGAAGAACUCUCAGGUGCAGGCCGAGAUAAGUCGGACCUUGGGACAACUAACCGCUGCCAAUCAACGUUAUGAGAUGCUCCAGGCAAACUACAAUUCAUUGAAGACCGAGAAUGGUGAAAUCCAGAAGAGAUCUUGGGCUGCUAUGGAGAAUGCCACCAAACAAGAGCUAAAGACCCAGCAAGUUGCCGAGGAACUCGUUGAAGCACGUGGUCUUCUUGAUAGUCUGCGUCGCGACUCUGCCAAUCUCAAAGCCGAAAAGGACCUAUGGAAGAGUGUGGAGAGACGACUGAUUGAAGACAACGAAUCGCUACGCAACGAACGGGUUCGAUUGGACCAACUGAAUGCUAGCCUGCAAACUAUCAUCAACGAACGUGAGCAGACUGAUGCAGACAGCCGACGUCGUUUGCAGGCGCAAGCGGAGUCGUUAGAAUCUGAACUUCAAUCCGUCAAGAGGAAGCUGAAUGAUGAGAUCGAGGAGAGUAAAAAAGCCACACUUCGGCGAGAAUAUGAGCAGGUGCAGAGCCAGAAGAGAAUUGACGACUUGGUGACUAGUCUGAGCACGGCCAAAGAGGAGCUUGCAUCUGCGAAGACGGGCAGGGAUCAUCUUCAGGCUAGAGUCGACGAGCUCAUGGUGGAACUUCGCUCUGCGGAAGAACGCCUGGAAGUCCUGACUAAACCUCCCGAGUCCACAAAUGAACCAAAUAGAAGUGAAGAGACUUCUCUGUCCCGAGAGCAAGAAUUGGCCGUGGAGGUUUCUGAGUUGAAGCGUGAUCUUGAUUUGAAGGUCUCCGAACUCGAGAGAGCUAAUGAACAGGUCGAGGUGUAUAAGAACAUCAGUCAGUCGAGCGAAGAACGUUUGCAGGAGCUGAGCGAGACAAAUGAUCAAUAUCGGGACGAGACAGAAGCUCUGUUGGCAGAGAAGGAGGCCAAGAUCAAAGAUCUUGAACAGCGCAUCGAAGACAUUUCAUCCGAGCUUAACACUACGAACACCGAACUUUCCCGAUUACGAGAUGAACAGGCAGAGGCAGGUCGAAAACUCGACGAACAGAAGUCCGGCUUCGAAGCUGAGAUUGAGCGUCUCAAAGAAGAAGCGGAAAAGAAUGCCGAGCAAGCCCAGUUCAACCUCGAAGCCUCAAAGGUUCAAGCACAGAUCGCAACCGAAGCUCAACAAAACUACGAAAACGAGCUUCUCAAGCAUGCUGAGGCAGCCAAGAAUUUGCACACUGUCCGGGAAGAAGCGAAUCAACUCAAGCUGGAGAUGGUUGAUCUGCGGACGCAAGCAGAGACCUCAAAAGCGGAUCUGCAACAGAAGCAAACCAGCUGGGAUGAUAUGAAGGAGCGAUAUGAAAAAGAGCUUUCAGACUUGAAGAAGCGACGUGAAGAAGUGGUGCAGCAGAAUAAUCUGCUACAUGGGCAACUUGAAAGUGUCACUCAGCAGAUUACAGCAUUGCAACGUGACCGUGCUGCUCUGACAGAGGGAAGCACGGGGGAAACUCCAGGACAACCGUCUGCGGAACUCGACAAGCUGCAAGAGGUUAUAACAUACCUUCGUCGGGAAAAAGAUAUUGUGGAGGUCCAGUACCAAUUGUCAGUGCAAGAGGCGAAGAGACUCCGACAACAACUCGAGUUUGCUCAAUCGCAAUUGGACGAAACACGCCUGAAACUCGACCAGCAACGCCGUGCCGAGGCCGACGCUGAGCGAAAUGCCUUGAGCCACAACAAACUCAUGGACACUUUGAAUGAGUUGAACCUCUUCCGGGAAAGCAGCGUUACUCUACGUGCAGAGAACAAACAAGUAACCCAGGCACUCGCUGGAAAGUCGCAGCGUGUUGAAGAGCUCGAAGGCCAAAUUCAGUCCCUGCAAGCCCGCGUUACUGAGCUCGAGAAUCUGGUUGAACUUCGAGAAGGCGAGCUGAAGUUGAGUCAAGAAGACCGAGAUCACUGGCAACAACGUACUCAAAAUAUCCUCUCGAAAUAUGAUCGAGUGGAUCCCGCAGAAUUGGAAGCACUGAAAGACAAGAUCAGCAGCCUCGAGACCGAUCGUGAUGAGGUUCGGAGCGAGCUGGAGAAAGCUGUUGCUGAACGUGACGAUGCACGCAAAGCACUGCAAGAACAGAUCGAUCAGACUCAGGCGGCAAUUGAAACCGCCAAAGGCGAACAGAAGACGAGACUUGAAACUCAAUUCAAAGACGUUUUGAGAAAGAAUAGGGUCGUCUUAGGCGAGAGGAAGGCUGAGCUGGAUGCUGCGCUCGCUGAGAAGGCAGCUUUGGAAGCUGAACUUGAGUCCGUGAGGGAACAAGUGGCUGCCGCCCAAGCACAGAAUUCUUCAACCGCCGCCGCGCAAGUCAACGGUGAGCCUGAGCCAACCACAGAGGAGGCUCCUCCCCCCGACGCCACUGCGGAUACCGAAGUCUCUGGAUUGGAGGUUAAAGUAAGGGAGCUGGAGAGCUCUCUAGCCGACAAGGAGAAAGAACUUGACGAGCUCAGAUCCACUCAAGAAGAAAAGUUCAAAACCAGGGUUGCCGCGAUGGAGAAGAUUCUGAACAACCGUCUAUCUGAAUUUAAGGGUCAGGCCCAACAAGCAAAAGCUGCUGCUUUACAGGAACUCACAGAGAAACUCAAUGCUCAACACCAGCAAGAAUUAGAAGCUCUGAGGGCCGGCUCUGUCCCUGUUUCUCCCCAGGUGCAGAAAGCAAGCGAAGGCACUGCUGAACCGGCCGCGACUGUCAACGCCGGCGACAUUUCUGAUGAAGUGUUGCUGGCGUUACCGGAUGACAAGGCCAAGCUACUUGUGGCGAAACAUGAAACCAUUCGGAGAAUUAUGACCAACAAUAUCAGAAAUCGGGUGGAGAGAGAGAAGGAAACUCUUCGAACAGAAAUCAUGCAAGAACUUGGUUCUCAGGGUAAUGCAGCUAGCCCAGAACAAGCCGCAGAACUGGAACAAAGGCUCAAUGCCGAGAAAGAAACCAUCAUUCAACAGAAAGAAUCAGAGUUCAGGACUGAAAAGGAGGCUCUUAUCAAACAGUAUGAAGAAAACUUGGCACGGGAAAAACAAGCCUUGAUCAUCAAGCACCAGGAAGACCUAGAUUCUCAGAGGCUUCGAUUUGAUCAAGAAUCAGAGAAAAAGAUCCAAGAACAAAUCAAGAUUGCAGAGCAGAUGGCGGAAAAGCGUGGCACUGUGAAACUCAAUAUGGCACAGAGCAGAGCAUCAGUGGCUACGGCGAAGCUUGAUGUGGUGAAGAAAGCUGCAGAAGAAACCCCUAGCAAGCCAGUCAACGAGGUAUGGGACGCUGCCAAAGAUGCAAAACCUCCUCCGGCUCCAAAACCGACUGCUGCUGCUGCGCCGGCACAAUCACAUGCGGCACCAGAAUCAGAAAACAAGCCGAACGGUGCUUCUGAGCCUCAGACCAUUCCACCUCAGUCAUCAGAACCGUCCAACGAGAAACCGGCUCAGCAAUAUGGACCUCACGUGGCUUCUGCUGAAUCGGCGAAACCGUCAACAACCCAAGGUGCUGCAUUGAUUCGUCAACUGGAGUCUAGCAUUCCACGAGGCGGAUCCACACGUGGUAUCCGUGGCAGCGGUAUUCCGCGAGGUCGUGGAGCUCCUCGAGGUCGAGGUGGAGCACCCAAUGCACAUGCAGGUAUUCCUGCACAAACAGGUCGCGGUGGAGGGCAAACUGGAGGACAAGGCAGCCCAAGUCGUGGAGGAUUGAACCCUCAGGCAGCUCAAUUCACUCCAGGAGGUAAUAAGCGAGCUCGUGAGGAUGGUGAAAUGGCAGAUGGAGGAGGUCAGGGAAAGAGAAUUCGCAAUGAAGGCUCUGCGGCAUAG